GACCAUGGUGUUUCUCUCUGGAAAUGCCUCCGACAGUUCCAACUGCACCCACCCGUCGGCACCGGUGAACAUAUCCAAGGCCAUUCUGCUCGGAGUGAUCUUGGGGGGCCUCAUCAUUUUCGGUGUGCUGGGCAACAUCCUCGUGAUCCUCUCCGUGGCCUGCCACCGGCAUCUGCACUCGGUCACUCACUACUACAUCGUCAACCUGGCGGUGGCCGACCUCCUACUCACCUCCACCGUGCUGCCCUUCUCAGCUAUCUUCGAGAUCCUGGGCUACUGGGCCUUUGGCAGGGUUUUCUGCAAUAUCUGGGCGGCGGUGGACGUCCUGUGCUGCACCGCGUCCAUCAUGGGACUCUGCAUCAUCUCCAUCGACCGCUACAUAGGUGUGAGCUACCCGCUGCGCUACCCCACCAUCGUCACCCAGAAGAGGGGUCUCAUGGCUCUGCUCUGUGUCUGGGCGCUCUCCCUCGUCAUCUCCAUCGGGCCGCUCUUCGGCUGGAGGCAGCCUGCCCCGGAGGACGAGACCAUCUGCCAGAUCACCGAGGAGCCCGGCUACGUGCUCUUCUCGGCGCUGGGCUCUUUCUACGUGCCGCUGACCAUCAUCCUGGUCAUGUAUUGUCGGGUGUACGUGGUGGCCAAGAGGGAAAGCAGGGGCCUCAAGUCUGGCCUCAAGACCGACAAGUCGGACUCGGAGCAGGUGACGCUCCGCAUCCAUCGGAAAAAUGUCCCAGUAGGAGGCACCGGGGUGUCCAGCUCCAAGAGCAAGACUCACUUCUCAGUGAGGCUCCUCAAGUUUUCCCGGGAGAAGAAAGCGGCCAAAACCCUGGGCAUCGUGGUGGGCUGCUUCGUCCUCUGCUGGCUGCCUUUUUUCCUAGUGAUGCCCAUUGGGUCUUUCUUCCCUGAUUUCAAGCCCUCGGAAACCGUUUUUAAAAUAGCAUUUUGGCUCGGAUACCUAAACAGCUGCAUCAACCCCAUUAUAUACCCGUGCUCCAGUCAGGAGUUUAAAAAGGCCUUCCAGAAUGUCUUGAGAAUCCAAUGUCUCCGCCGAAAGCAGUCUUCGAAACACACCCUGGGCUAUACCCUGCACCCACCCAGCCACGCCCUCGAGGGGCAACACAAGGACCUGGUUCGCAUCCCAGUGGGAUCUGGAGAGACCUUCUAUAAGAUCUCCAAGACGGAUGGGGUCUGUGAAUGGAAAUUUUUCUCUUCGAUGCCCCGUGAAUCUGCCAGGAUUACAGUGUCCAAAGACCAGUCAGCCUGCACCACAGCCCGGGUGAGAAGUAAAAGCUUUCUGCAGGUGUGCUGCUGUGCGGGGCCCUCCACCCACAACGGUGGAGAGACCCACCAAGUUCCAACCAUUAAGAUCCACACCGUCUCCCUCAGUGAAAAUGGGGAGGAAGUCUAGAGGACAGGAAAGGUCAGAAAAGAGGAAGGGGUUGUGGGGGGAGGGGAUGAUCUCAGGCACACACCCCACUUCCUACUUGGAAGUCCAGUUCACUCUUCUUGGAUGAGGAGACAGGACCAGGAAACUGGGGACCAGCUGGGAAUGGAGUGGGGGAAGAGACCCGACUCUGGGGCAGGGGAUAGGGCUCAGGGAAGGAGGAGGAUGUCACACGACCAUCCGGCUCCAAAUGACGAUAAACAGCAUUUCCUUGAGGCUAGUGCUCUCGCGGUCAUCCUCCGAGGCCGCUUUCCACGUCUGGCCCUCGCAACGAAAAACACCAUGGGAAACAGAAUGUCAUACACAAUCCAAAAGACUAUAAAUAUAAGGUUAUGAUUUCAUCAUGAAUAUUUUGAGCACACACUCUAAGUUUGGAGCUAUUUCUUGAUGGAGUGAGGGGAUUUUAUUUUCAGGCUAAACUUAAUGACAACCAUGGUGGAUAUUUAUGAGGAGAGGGCCUGGAGAGGAAGAGCCUUAAGACGGUGGCCACUAUCCAGGCACGUUAUUUUUAGAGCACGUUUUAAACUCCACCAUUUCUGACCAUAUCCAGUUUCUUCACUUGGGUGCAACUCGACAAUGAGAUCUACCUUUUGCUGCAAUUUCACUGGCUACUGCUCCCGAGUCCCUAAAGAGGAGGGUGAGGGGUGCUUGUGAAGCCUCGGGACUAGCGGAGGCACAUUGGUUAUGCUUAGGUCUAGACGGUUGGGGGAAAAAGAUGGCUUUUCCUGAUGGGAGAUGCUAGAGGUGAAGGUCAGUGUUUUCAACUUUACUUCUACAGAAAAAAAAA